CGCGACUGCGCCGCCCGCAGCCUGGACAGCAUCGACCUGGCGGCCCUGAGGGAUCCGGCAGGGAUAUUUGAACUGGUGCAAGUUGUUGGAAACGGGACGUAUGGACAAGUCUAUAAGGGCCGCCAUGUUAAGACUGGACAACUUGCAGCAAUCAAGGUGAUGAACGUUACGGAGAAUGAGGAGGAAGAAAUCAAGCUGGAAAUAAACAUGUUAAAAAAAUAUUCUCAUCACCGCAAUAUUGCCACAUAUUAUGGAGCAUUUGUCAAGAAGAGUCCUGCAGGCCAGGAUGAUCAGCUCUGGCUGGUAAUGGAGUAUUGUGGAGCUGGGUCUGUGACAGAUUUGGUAAAGAAGACCAAAGGAAACUGUUUCAAGGAAGACUGGAUUGCCUACAUCUGCAGAGAAGUUCUUAGGGGCUUGGCGCACCUUCAUGCCCACCACGUUAUCCACCGAGACAUUAAAGGGCAGAACGUUCUCCUCACGGAAAAUGCAGAAGUAAAGCUCGUGGAUUUUGGGGUAAGUGCUCAGCUGGACAGGACGAUUGGAAGACGAAAUACCUUCAUUGGGACACCCUAUUGGAUGGCUCCUGAGGUCAUAGCUUGUGAGGAGAACCCAGACUCCACUUAUGAUUACAGGAGCGACCUUUGGUCUCUGGGAAUCACGGCUAUAGAAAUGGCUGAAGGAGCUCCCCCUUUGUGUGACAUGCAUCCCAUGAGAGCCCUCUUUCUCAUCCCACGCAACCCACCCCCAAAACUGAAAUCCAGGAAAUGGUCAAAAAAGUUUCUUAAUUUUGUUGAAAGCUGCCUCGUUAAAAAUUAUGUGCAUCGUCCCUCCACUGAAACCUUGCUCAAACAUUCAUUUAUUCGAGAUAUGCAAAAUGAGCGGCAAGUGCGCAUCAUGCUGAAAGACCACCUGGACAGGACCAGGAAAAAGAAAGGGGACAAGGAAGAAACAGACUAUGAUUACAGUGGGAGUGAAGAAGAGGAUGAUGAGCUGAAUGAAGAUGAAGGAGAACCAAGCUCCAUAGUUAAUCUCCCUGGUGAGUCCACCCUCCGUCGAGAAUUUCUGAGGCUGCAGCAGGAGAACAAGAGCCGUUCUGACCCUCACCACCAGCCACAGCUCCAGCAGCAGCAGCUGAAGGACCAGGAGAAAUAUAAAAAGCAGCUGCUGACAGAGCGACAGAAGAGGAUUGAACAACAAAAAGAACAGAGGAAGAGACUGGAGGAUCAUCAGAGAGAACAAGAACUCCGAAGGCAGCAGGAGUGUGAGCAGAGAUGGCCAGAGAUUAAGGUAGUUCAGAGGAGAGAUGAGACAUGUAAAGAGGAGAACAAACUUGUGGAAGACGAGCGGUGCAUGGUAGAUGGGCAGAGGAGACCAGAAAGGAAGCAGAAAAAGGUGGAAGAAGCACAGCACAAUAAGAAGAUUCAGCGGACACUGCCAAAAGACCAGACACAGCUGCUGUCUCUCCAACAUGACCACAAGCAAAAGAACAAAGCACCUCCAAAGGGUUCAAGUGCAGCAGCACACCCUUCUCCAAGCAGCACCAGCAAAGAGGCUGAGGACAGAAAGAAGAAGAGCGAUGGCAUCCAGACUCCCCUCAACUGGGCUGCUGUCCUUGGGCACGAAGUCAUCCCAUAUGUUCGAAUGGGUUCUGGCAGUAGUUCCAGCCCUUGCACUCCAGCUUUGCAAAGAGCAAUACUCACGCAGGGUGAAAACCUCCGGAGCAGUAAAGAAACGUACCACAGCAGUUCUCUGUCAGACAUGAUGGUAACGCCAGUAAGCCCUGGGCAGGACGACGUAUUCUGGAGUGCAGGCCAAAAUGAAGAGCAGCCCCCAAAGGUUCCAGAAAGAACAACCUCUAAAUGUUACCGGGAUCACCUGGGCCAUCAAAGAUGUCCUUCAAGCAGUGCCCACCAGCCGUCCCUGGGGGGACAUGCUCUGAAACUAAACAGCAGCAGUAGCAGCUCUCCGACCAGCAAGCAAUGGGAGGUGGGAUCUCAUCAGAGCAACAGAUCAGCCUCAGGGAAUCAAGGACUGUCUAAGGCAGAGAACCCCCUGUCCCCCAACCACGUGCAGCGGUGCAAGAAGUCUGAAAACACCCCUCGUCUUACCCAGAGUCCAGGCUUCUUUGCCAAGGGAAAGGACGGUGCCAACUCAUUCUGGAAAGCAGCAGAAUAUUCAUCAUCCAGUGAUGAAGUAGGCAGCAGUGAUGAUGAUGAUGUAAAUCACACAAGGCAACCGCUAAGUAAUAGAGUGGCAGAUUUUUCAAGGACAAGAGCUCCGGAUGGAAUUGAACUGAAACCUCAAAGCAUCGUCAUGGAGCAGAAGGAUAAAUUUGGAGGGAAACAAAGUUCCAGCACCCACGAAGGGCUUUGGAGCAUAAACAACCAGAACUAUCUCCUGCCAGAUCUUCUGCAGCAAAGCCAGAUUUCUGACUCCUCAGCAAACCAGCAAAAGGUUACACAGAAUAGUCAGGGAGCCCAGAACAAAUCUGUGAAUAAUAAGGCACCGAGCACUGAAAGCACCCCCUCAAAAAGCAGUACAUCAUCUACGGCAUCAUUUACUUCAUUCAUAGACCCUCGUCUUCUACAAAUCUCCCCUCCCACCAGUCCUGUGGGAUCAAUGUGUAGUUCUCCAUCUAGUGCAAAACCAGAACCUGUUAGGAGAGAAAAUGCAAGGAAAGGUUCUGUUGUCAACGUCAACCCAACCAAUAUCCGUCCACAGAGUGACAGUCCAGAAAUUCGCAAAUACAAGAAGAAAUUUAACUCGGAGAUUCUUUGUGCUGCUUUGUGGGGAGUAAACUUACUAGUGGGCACGGAGAAUGGGUUGUGGCUGCUGGACAGAAGUGGUCAGGGACGAGUUUACUCACUGAUUUCAAGGAGACGAUUCCAGCAAAUGGAUGUUCUGGAAGGACUCAAUGUGCUAAUUACCAUCUCAGGUAAAAAGAAUAAGUUGCGGGUUUAUUACUUAUCAUGGUUAAGAAACAAGAUUUUGCACAAUGAUCCAGAAGUGGAGAAGCGACAAGGCUGGGUGUCCGUGGGAGACUUGGAAGGCUGCGUACACUACAAAGUCGUGAAAUAUGAGAGAAUCAAAUUUCUUGUUGUUGCUUUGAAAAACUCCGUCGAAGUCUAUGCUUGGGCUCCAAAGCCGUAUCACAAAUUUAUGGCUUUCAAGUCCUUCACUUCACUUCAUUACAAACCACUGUCAGUUGACCUGACAGUUGAAAAUGGACAAAGGUUAAAAGUGAUCUAUGGCUCAUUAGUUGGAUUUCACGCCAUUGAUGUGGACUCAGGAUUUGUGUACGACCUGUACUUGCCGACACACAUCCAGGGAAUUAUUCGCCCACAUGCCAUUAUCAUCCUCCCCAAUACUAACGGAACAGAACUUUUACUCACCUAUGAAGAUGAAGGAGUCUACAUUGAUAUAUAUGGGCACUUCACAAAAGAAACUGUUUUACAGUGGGGGGAGAUGCCAGCAUCUGUAGCUUAUCUUCAGUCUAACCAGGCCAUGGGCUGGGGAGAGAAAGCUAUUGAACUGCGCUCUGUGGAAACAGGAAAUCUGGAAGGCGUAUUUAUGCACAAGAAAGCACAGAAGCUAAAAUUUCUGUGUGAAAGAAAUGACAAGGUGUUCUUUGCGUCUGUACAAUCAGGAGGCUGCAGUCAAAUUUACUUUAUGACACUUGGUCAAAACAUACUAUUCAACUGGUGAAUCAUCUCAGAAUGAAGGAUGCUUUGAAGUUCCCAGCAGAUAGAAGCAGCGUCAAAAGUUUGGAAGUUAUGCACACACAUUUGCACUUUUUACUUACAAGAAUCUUGUUAUUAUUAACUUUCAAAAUUCAUAUUCCUUCAGUCAGGAAGAAA